UGCAAACAUUUGCUAAGAAGCGAUAUCGUGGAUUCCUUAAAGAAUGAGAACUUUGACCUGUUGGUGGUUGAAGGUUUUGAUUUCUGUGGUUUCCUGGUUGCUGAGAAGCUUGGGAAGCCAUUUGUGACCACUCUCCCUUGCACAUUUGGCACUUUGGAUUUUGGACUACCCAGCCCCAUAUCUUAUGUGCCAGUAUUCACCUCCUUCCUAACUGACCACAUGGACUUCUGGGGCCGAGUAAAGAAUUUUCUGAUGUUCAUUGAUUUCUUCGUGAAGCAAUGGCAGCUUCACUCUACAUAUGAAGAUAUCAUCAAGGAGCAUUUUCAAGAAGGCUCUAGGCCAGUUUUGUCUCAUCUUCUAAGGAAAGCGGAGCUGUGGUUUGUUAACUCUGACUUUGCCUUUGAAUUUGCUCGGCCUCUGUUGCCCAACACUGUGUAUAUUGGAGGUUUAAUGGCCAAACCUACUAAACCAGUACCACAAGAAUUUGAGACAUUCAUUGCCAAGUUUGGAGACUCCGGUUUUGUCCUUGUGGUCCUGGGCUCCAUGGUGGACAGUUUUCAGUCCCAGAAUGUUCUUAAGGAAAUGAACAGUGCCUUUGCUCAUCUCCCUCAUGGAGUGAUAUGGAAGUAUAAAUCUUCUCAUUGGCCCAAAGACAUCAAAUUGUCAGCAAAUGUGAAAAUGGUGGACUGGCUUCCUCAGAAUGACCUCCUGG